ACCAAGUACAUUCCUGCUCUUUGUUCACACACAGUGAGGGAGGGAAAGCACAGGGCUCGGUGCUCGAUUGCUUCAGUCUCGAGUUGGAAACCAUGGCGGAUCGGGAGGAUAAUGUUACCAUUCCUAAAUUCGACACUCUCCUCCAAAUGGACCCGUACCUUAAACCCUACGCGAAGGACUUCAAGCGGAGGUAUGAGCUGUUCCAGAAGCAGCUUUUCCAGCUGGAAGAGGCAGAGGGCGGCUUCGACCAGUUUACGCGGAGCUACUGGACCUUUGGCGUGCAGCGGCAGCCCAACAACAGCCUCUUCUUUAAGGAAUGGGCGCCAGCUGCGGAGGCCCUCUUCCUCACCGGUGAUUUCAAUAGCUGGGACAAAUUCUCCCACCCGUACACGAAGAGAGAUUACGGCAAGUGGGAGCUGAUUCUCCCGCCGAAGCGUGACGGGUCUCCCGCUGUGGAUCACAACACCAAGCUCAAGGUGGUGGUUCACACUAAGGAUGGGGAGCGGCUCUACCGGAUCUCGCCUUGGGCAAAAUAUGUGACCAGGGAGGAGAAAACGGUCAUCUACGACUGGAUUCACUGGGACCCCUCACAGCCGUACAUUCACAUCCACCCGCGGCCCAUGAAACCCACGCACCUGAGGAUCUACGAGGCCCACGUGGGCAUCGCGUCACCUGAGGGAAAGAUCGCGUCGUACAGAAACUUCACCAUCAACGUGCUGCCUCGUAUAAAAGACCUGGGUUACAACUGCAUUCAAAUGAUGGCCAUCAUGGAGCACGCCUAUUAUGCAAGCUUUGGCUAUCAGGUUACCAGCUUCUUCGCGGCGUCCAGUCGCUACGGCAAUCCUGACGAGCUGAAGCAUCUGAUCGACGUGGCGCACUCGAUGGGCAUCGUGGUGCUGCUGGACGUGGUCCACAGCCACGCGUCCAAGAACACGGAGGACGGCCUCAACAAGUUUGACGGCUCCGACUCGUGCUUCUUCCACUCGCCUCCGCGUGGGGAGCACAGCCUCUGGGACAGCUGCCUCUUCAAUUAUUCCAGCUGGGAAGUGCUGCGCUUCCUGCUCUCAAACCUGCGCUGGUGGAUGGAGGAGUACAAGUUUGACGGCUUCCGAUUCGACGGCGUCACUUCCAUGCUGUACCACCACCACGGCAUCGGCGUCGCCUUCUCCGGGGACUACAGCGAGUAUUUUGGCCUCCACGUGGACGAGGACUCGCUGGUGUACCUGAUGCUGGCCAAUCACAUCCUGCACACGCUGUAUCCUGACUGCAUCACCGUCGCAGAGGAUGUGUCGGGGAUGCCCGCCCUCUGCAGGGCAGUGGAGGAAGGCGGGCUUGGUUUUGAUUACCGCCUAGCGAUGGCCAUUCCCGAUAAGUGGAUUCAGAUCCUGAAGGAGUUCAAGGAUGAAGAUUGGGACGUGGGCAACAUCGUCCACACGCUGACUAAUAGGCGCUACACGGAAAAGAGCAUCGCCUAUGCUGAGAGUCACGACCAGGCCCUAGUCGGGGAUAAAACGCUGGCGUUCUGGCUGAUGGACAAGGAGAUGUACACCAAUAUGAGCUCGCUGGCUCCCAUGACUCCCGUUAUCGAUCGUGGCAUGCAGCUGCAUAAAAUGAUCCGCCUGAUCACGCACGCACUGGGCGGCGAAGCCUACCUCAACUUCAUGGGGAAUGAGUUCGGUCACCCCGAGUGGCUCGAUUUUCCCCGAGAGGGCAACAACGAGAGCUACCACUACGCCCGGCGGCAGUUCAACCUGCUGGACAUGAUGCAGCUGCGCUACCGUCAGCUCUACGCUUUUGACCGCGACAUGAACCGCACCGAGGACAAGUACGGCUGGCUGGCCGCCCCGCCGGCCUUUGUGAGUGCCAAGCACCAGGAGGACAAGGUCAUCGUGUUUGACAGGGCCAACGUGCUCUUCAUCUUCAACUUCCACCCCAGCAAAAGCUUCCAGCACUACAAGGUGGCCGUGCAGGCGCCAGGAAAGUACAAAAUCAAGCUGGAUUCUGACGAGGCUCUGUACGGAGGCCACGGACGGCUGGACCACAACACCGAGUUCUUCACCGAGCCGCAGCCCUUCAACGGACGCCCCCAUUCAAUGCAGGUGUACAUCCCCUGCAGGACCGCUAUUGUGCUGGCUAAUGAGGAGAUUGAUUACUGUUAUUAGAAACACACACACAGUGUCUGAUUGGUCCGCUUGGACAUCCAAACGCUGCUUGAAACCAUCCACCGCAAUCAGCCGAUUUGUUAGCUGUGUUCAGUGUUCUUUGUCAUGUGAAACACAAUUGUGGGUGCGGGGAAGGAACACACGACAAUAUCGAUAAUUAUUAAUAAUAAUCAUGGUGAAACAUCUUAGAUGAUUUUUUAUUUUAUUUUGCACUUUUGGAUGUUGUAUGGUUUAUUUGUGUCAGUGGUGCUACUUUACAAUAAGGGUACCCUUAUAUAGAAAUGAUAAUACUAGUAAGAAAUAGUCAUAGUAGAGAAUAAUGCGUUUAGGAAUUGAUUCUAAUGGGUUUAUAUGAGCACUUUAUGAAUUGUUUAUAGAUUGGUUGUUAUUAAGUUAACGCCGGCUAAGCCUUAAGAAAGAGCCUUGACAGCAUCAUCACUUUGCCGAAUAGUGAGUGCACUGCUUAGGUAAUAAAUUAUAGCAGUAAAAUAAAGAAGCACAACUCCAAAUGUUUUGAUUUGUAUGUGAAACACAAAGAAAAGGAUUAUUUGGUUCAGAUAAAACAAGAUACGGUAUUGGCUUCCGUUUGGGGCUCAUUUGGGGGAAUUUCCCGAGUGAGAGUUCAAGCACUGCAAUUCGCCCAAAAUGGCUGCGCCAAACCAAAAUGGCUCACAUCCAUCUUUUUAAUAACCAAUUUUGAAAACGUUUUUAAGGGGACCCUUAUGGUAAGGUCGUACCGUGUCAGUAUUACCAGCACUUCAAUCAUUUCUGGGGUCAUUGUCAUGAUAAACAUGCUGUAAUUUGCACAGAAAAAAAUGAAUUUAUGAAAUUGAAAUGUACCGGUGGGUACACGGUGGUCGGCUGGUUAGCACAUCUGCCUCACAGUUCUGGGGACCGGGGUUCAAAUCCCGGCCCCGCCUGUGUGGAGUUUGCAUGUUCUCCCCGUGCCUGCGUGGGCACUCUGGUUUAACAUGCAUUGUAGGUUAAUUGACAACUCUAAAUUGCCCCAAGGUGUGAAUGUGAGUGCGAAUGGUUGUUUGUUUAUGUGUGCCCUGCGAUUGGCUGGCGACCAGUUCAGGGUGUACCCCGCCUCCUGCUCCAGCACCCCCGCGACCCUUGUGAGGAUAAGCGGACAAGAAAAUGGAUGGAUGGAAAUUGAAAUGGGUAUUUUGAUGAGCGACGAUAACACUGUGGAAUUUUUUGUCAUUUCAAGUAUUGUUUUUGCAAUGUGGAACAUUAAAAAAAAAAAACAACAAAAAAAACUGUGCCAUCUCGCCAAACA